AACUUCGAAUAACGGUUUGUCGCUGACAUCAAAUCAUAACUAGGCUGUCCGUGUCUAUUAUGUACGAUUUCAUCGCUUUAAGAUACCAUUGCUUUCGGAGUACAAAAGGCUGGGGAUUCGUGUGGAUACCGGAUAGGCUUCUCAUCUUUGACCAAUAUGAAGCCUAUGAUGCUUCAUCUUCAAAGAUGGCGCCCGCAUUUUCUGAUUCAUAUUUACAUAACACUCGUGGAUGUACGAGCUGCUCAAUCAUGCCAUGUUGCAAAGAUUGGUAGACAUAUACGAUACAUCUCUUGCUUACACGUGGCGGCCACGUAUGGUUUCCGCCAAUGUAUUUACGAUUGCUCCAUAGAAUACCAUAAUGUAGUACAUGUUAAACUAUUCUGUAUCAAUCUGUACCACGAGAUGAUGCAUGCGAUGGCGCAAAUGAGGAAUGUCGAAGGAUGAGAUUGUUUGUACGACGGUAAGCUUGCAGAGCGGUAUGAAACGGGCUUUCUUUGUGCGACACGCCUCAUGUGAGAGAUGACAUGUUGCCGAGCUCGCCGCUUUCCGGGAGGACAGAGUAGAGAGCGUU